AUGUUUGCUAGAUUGAGCGCAAGAUCCAUGUGGCCCGUUCUCGGCGCAGCCGGCGCCGUCGGUGCCAUUGGAUUGGCCUACAGAAUGUCCAACCCCAUCAUGAACGAUACCGGUAAAACCUUCACCGGAGGCGACGAGUGGAUCGACUUGAAGUUGAAGCUGGCUACACAGGUGUCGCCAGACUCGAAGCACUAUGUGUUUGAGUUGAAGGACCCAGACCACGUUUCCGGCUUGAUCACCGCCUCGUGCUUGAUGGCGAAGUACGUCACCGAGAAAGGUAACAAUGUCAUUAGACCAUACACGCCAACUUCGCCUACCGACCAGAAGGGCACCAUUGACUUCGUCAUCAAGACCUACGAGACUGGUAAGUUCUCCAAGCACUUCUGGGAGUUGAAGCCUAGCGACACCGUGGCGUUCAAGGGCCCCAUUGUCAAGUGGAAGUGGGACCCCAACCAGUUUGAGAAAAUCUCCUUGAUUGGCGGCGGUUCCGGUAUUACCCCAUUGUACCAGUUGCUCAAUGAGAUCACCAGAAACCCUAACGACAACACCAAGGUGGACUUGUUCUACGCCUCCACCUCUGUCAAGGACAUCUUGUUGAAGAAGGAGAUUGACGAGAUUGUCGAGAAGCACAAGGACCAGGUCAACGUGUACUACUUUGUCGACAAGCCAGACGACGACUGGAAGGGUCACACAGGCUACAUUGGCAAGGACUUCUUGAAGGACCACUUGCCUCCACCAUCUAAGGAGUCCAAGAUCUUUAUCUGUGGUCCUCCUCCCAUGUACAAGGCGCUCUCGGGCAUGAAGGUGUCUCCUACCGACCAGGGCGAAGUUACUGGUGCUUUGAGCGAAUUGGGCUACACAAAGGACCACGUGUACAAGUUUUAG